GGGGUGGUGCCCAACGACGGCCAGUUCCCAAACGCGCGCGGCGUGCGGACCAGCUUCCUGUGCACAGGGCCCAUGUGCCGCUACGCGGAGGACUUGGAGCCUAUGCUGAGGGUCAUGGCCGGUCCCGGAGUCAACAAGCUGAAGCUGAAUGAAAAGGUGUCACUGGAGAAAGUAAAAUUUCACUGCAUGGAUCAUGACGGUGGUUCCAUUUUUGUGUCACCUGUGGACAAGGAAAUCUUGCAGGCCCAAAAGAAGGUGGUGGAGCACCUUGAAGGUGAGCUGGGGGUUCAAGUUCGGCGUGUGGCAAUCCACAAGAUGAAGUAUUCUUUCCAGAUCUGGUCAGCCAUGAUGUCGUCCAAGGACAGCGAUGGGCAGGAGGCACAGCUAUUCACAGACCUGCUGGGGGACCACGGGAAGCCGGUGUGGCCACUGUGGGAGCUGAUGAAAUGGCUCGUGGGGAUGUCUUCCCACACUCUCCCAGCUAUCGCCCUGGGGCUGACGGAGAAGCUGAUGAAACUCAACCCUGGUGGGAACGCCAAGCUGGUGAGCAUGGGGAAGAGCCUGCAGGAGGAGAUGGAGGCCCUGCUGGGGCCGGACGGGGUGCUCCUCUACCCCUCCCACCCCACCAUAGCUCCCAGACACCACUCCCCCAUAUGCAUGCCCUUCAACUUCGCCUAUACAGCUAUCUUCAACGUCCUGGGCUUGCCGGUGACGCAGUGCCCGCUGGGCCUGAGCAGCGAGGGCUUGCCGCUGGGCAUCCAGCUGGUGGCGGCAUCCUACAACGACCACUUGACGCUGGCGGUAGCCCGGUAUCUGGAGAAGGCUUUUGGGGGAUGGGUUUUACCGGGGAAAGUUUAG